UAGACGUGUGUGGUUUCCUGCCAGCUUCCGUGGCUAAAGCUAGUUAGCUGGAGACUCUGGAAACUCUUCUUGGAGGAGAUUAAACUUCACUCUGUGAGCCACGAAGAUGCUUGUUGACGAGCCCCAGAAGCACAAAGGUCGACAUUAAACCGCAAGAAGAAGAAGGAUAGGCCCAACAGCUGAGAAGGUUGUUGUAACAGUGGCUAAACUGCUGCCAAUGCCGAGAUAUUUGAGUUACGUUGCAGGGCAGCAAGAAGAAACGAGUGAUUAGAGAAGAGAAGACACUAGUCAACGUGCUGGAUGCUAAUUUCAAGCCUGAAGUUCGCUGAUGCAGAGCAGACAUGCGGCAGUUGUUGGUGAGUAAAGAAGAAAUUCUCCCUGAAGCCCAGGAAUGGAAUCUGAGUGUUGACCAGGAGCACGUUAAAGAACAAGAGAAACUGUGGAUAAGUCAACAAGGAGAGCAACUUCAGGAGCUGGGGGAGGCAGAUCUCACUGUGUUCCCUUUCACUGCCAUCGCUGUGAAGAGUGAAAAUGAUGAUGAGAAACCAGAGUCAUCACAGCUUCGCCAAAGCCGAAGUGAUGACAGCACAGAGGCUGAGCCUGUAGCCAGCAGCUCAUCUGUACACAGAACACUGACAGCAGACGCUGAUGUAGAGGAUGAUGGAGGACCACAUCCAGCCAGCAACUCAGGUCCAAACUGUCAUUUAGAACCACAUACCAGUGGUUGGAGUUCAGAGAGUUCUGGAAAUGAGACUGAUGACAGUUAUGACUGGAAACAGACCAAAGAAUGCUGUUCAGGUUUUAGCUGUCCAAUAAACACCAAUAUGGUUAGUUCAAGCAACUGCAACAUUGUUAAGAAGUACUCUAAUUGUUCUAAAAAUGGAAAAGUAUGUGGUCACAUGAACAACUUAGAGCAACACAAGGGGAGUCAGACAAAUGUAAAGCCAUUUAACCAUCCUAAUCGGGGUAAAAGACUCAGACAAAAAAGCUCUCUGAACAGACACAUGAUAAUUCAUACGGGACAAAAACCUUUUGACUGUUCUCAAUGUGGUAAACGAUUUGGACAGAAGAGCAAUCUGACAAAACACAUGAUAAUUCAUACGGGACAAAAACCAUUUGGCUGUUCUGAGUGUGUUCAAAAAUUUGGGCGGAAGAGCACUCUGAACAGACAUAUGAGAAUUCAUACAGGACAAAAACCAUUUGACUGUUCUCAGUGUGGCAAACGUUUUGUACAGAAGAGUGAUAUGAUGAAACACAUG